AACCAUUUUUCAAAACGUUGAACAUUGUGGUCAUCUGUUUAUGUCUUUAUCUUCAUAUCUCAGUAGUGUGGUUGAAUAACUAACUGAAAAUCUCUUUUGAAAUUAUGUUUAUUUGAAUUAAAUGUUUUGUAUUAGCAAAAGUUCCUAGGGUCUUAGCUUACACUAGUUCAGAACAGCAAAGUAUGCUCUGUUCAGUCAAACUAAAACCCUUGUGAGCUAAGGCCACUUUUAGGCAACUGGGGACUCUAACACGUCAUGACACAAGGCCUGUAUUGCCAUUGGCCCCACUUCGGUAUCUUGCUUGUCCCCCACCCCCAACCUGGACUUGCCUUUCUGCUCUCCCCACAAGUGUCCAUCCUCCUGCCUGAGGAGGGGAAGGGGAACACAGAAGGACCCUAGGCAAUACUAACCUGAGCAAUCACAGAGUAUCUUCAUAAUAACCCAAACUGACUGAAGUUGUCUUUUUGUCACACUCGAGAGUCCUCUGGGGUUUUGUUGACAGGGCCCCUAUACUUACUGUGUUUUGGAGUUAACACCCUACUAAAAUAUGUAGAGCAGUUCUGUGCUUGAUUCAGGCCACCUGCAAACUCAGAUGUCACUGUGCCUAUUUAAGCUUUUCAUAUUUACCUUUUUGUAUGUACCUAUUUAAGCAACCACAGGGUCUAUAAGGUUGUGUCAUCUUAAGUAUAUGUGCAUGCUCCCAAACCAGGGGCUAGUUAUCCUGGGCAUAGUACUGAACAAACGCAGCUAUUGUUUCUCAUUCUGGAGCUAUCUUGGGUAUCUCUGUCUAGCACCUUGCAAACAUACCCACAGGAUGAUAUUCACAAAGGAAUUUAGGUACCUAUAUUCUCUGCACUAUUAACAGGGAGAGUUAAGCAUCCAGGAUUAUGAUUCACAACAACUAGCAGAGUGAGCAGGGUGAGGAUGAUUGCACUCAUCAUUAGGAAACACUGAAGAGGGGAGUGUAGCCAAAAUUCUGCCUGGACCUACACUGUAAUUAGAGGCCUAUGCAAUACUGGGAUUCACAGGCUAAGACUUCUGCUUAGACUUAUUGUCUACCAUCUCUUUGGGUACAGGUGCCUGGCUCACUUUUUUUUUUUUUAAGGCACGGUCAGAGGAAAGGUAAUGUUUUUGGUACCUGUAGCAACCUUUUAUGUAAUAGCCCACUGGCUGGCACUCACCCAGGAAGUGGGUGGUCUGGCUUUUAAGCCUGGCUCUGGAGGAAAGCCUCUCUCCACAUCUCUCGAUUCUCAGGAGAAUGCCCUAACCAGAAAGCUCUAAGAAGAGUGCUCUAACCAAAGGCUAUGGUGGGCUGGGGGCACUCUCUGUUGUUGUGCCUGUGUUAAUCCUUCCCUGUUUCUAAUAGCUGUCUUAGCCCACCUUUUUACUUUCCUUGUAAUAAAGAUAAAUUAGGGGAUAUUUUUUUCCAGAGAGAAAGAAAUCAUGAAGACCCCAGAAAUAGUUUAGAAAUAGAAUGUCUUUGUUACCAGUUAUUUUUAUUUUCUUUUUUUCUUUAGAUGAUUUUAAGCCAGCAUCCAUAGACACAUCUUGUGAGGGGGAGCUCCAAGUUGGUAAAGGAGAUGAAGUAACAAUAACAUUGCCACAUAUUCCAGGCUCAACUCCUCCAAUGACCGUUUUCAAAGGAAAUAAAAGGCCAUACCAGAAGGACUGUGUACUUAUUAUCAAUCAUGACACUGGAGAAUAUGUGCUUGAAAAACUUAGUAGCAGCAUUCAAGUCAAGAAAACAAGAGCUGAGGGCAGCAGUAAGAUCCAGGCCCGAAUAGAACAACAGUCUGCCCGAGCCUCGCAGCCUUCAUCACAGUUCAGAGCUCCAACCAAGCCAGCAGCUGGACCUAAAACCUCCCCUGUGAAAGACAACCCUUCACCUGAACCUCAGCUGGAUGAUAUUAAGAGAGAGCUGAGAGCAGAGGUGGAGAUCAUUGAGCAGAUGAGUAGCAGCAGCGGUAGUAGCUCAUCUGAUUCAGAGAGCUCCUCUGGGAGUGACGAUGAAAGCUCUAGCAGUGGUGGUGAAGAGUCUGCACACAUUUCCCCUUCUCAGCCAACCCACCAGCAGUACAACAACAGAAACCCUGUUGCUAAUGGUACCAGCAGGCCACAAGGAAGCAAUCAGCUCAUGAACACUCUCAGAAAUGACUUGCAGUUGAGCGAGUCUGGGAGUGACAGUGAUGACUAGAACCUGAGUUUUCAAUGUUUCUGCUGCAUAUAUAUGAAGAACUAAUUUACUUUGCAAUGAGCCUGUUGCUGAUGAAGGAGCUGGUAUAAAGAUGGCUUCAUGUGUGGAAUUUUAGUAGAAGCAAUGCAUAACUCUAUAAAAUAUCCAAUGUUAUGUUAAACCGAAGACAAGGAUGGUUUUACUUUGUGUAUGAAGUGUAUAUUUUGUGUAUAUUCUAUUCUUUUAAGGUUUUAAAUAGACAUGUAUAGUCAAUAAACCAAUCUGUGUUCCAGACUGUUAACAAUCUGUAAGGCAUAAUCCAUUAUCUCUUGACGUAACCUAAAUAUUUCCUGUUCACAGGAGAUGUUCAGUACAGUUGUACUUUAUCCUAUACACCGUUCUUAUUUCUAGACAAGAGCCAGCAAGUAGUUAAAAUAAUAAUAAAAAAACCACAACAGAGUAAGGACUGGAGUGUAUAUUCAAGUGAGAGCAUUGUAAGUUAAAUUUCAACAUUGGAUUGGUUAAUUCUGUUUGAGACUUUUCUAAUGCCUUCUUUCUUACUGUUUUGACUUAACAUGAUGGAAAUACAUUAGACCAUUGUAAUAGAGAUCCUGAACACCAGUCUUAAUUGCUAACGUUGUUGCACCAGUGCCUUACAGGAUAAUUUUUAACUAAAAUUUCAGUUGCUACCACCAUUUUCACGGAGAAUAAUCUUAAAUUCUGUUCCAUUUUCGUUUACAAACAACCCCUGUAGAGCAGUGUACAUGCAUGCCAUCUUAUGUAUAAUAAUGGGCACUGAGGACAUUGACUCUCUCACAACAAAGUAUGUAAUUAAAACUUCGAAGUUAGAAAC